AAUAAUAAAGUCAAAAAAAGAUUUUGUCUUUAUUUUCUAGAACAAUAUCAAGAAAUACUUCAAUUGUUGUCACUUGCUCCUUAAUUAAAAUAGAUUAAAGCAUUCAGGUAUUUCAAAAGUAGUUUUGAAACUUAUGAAAUUAACUGUGCAAAUUUUAAAUUGGGGGUGUGAAUAAUAAAAAUAAGAACAAAGUAUUGUACCAUAGUAUUUUCAUAAGAUUGCGAUUUAACAUUCACUUUCUUGAUAUGGCAAACCAGGUCACACAGGUUCUUCAAACUAAAUGUCCAGAAAUGGAGUUAUUUGUGAUUCUAAUUACAUCUUUUCAUUAAAAUUACUUUCUUUGUUUAAAACCAAUUUUUUGGUAUUUAGUCCAGAAAUUAAGGUCAUAGCAUCAAUAUUGUGUGACAAAUCAAGAGAUAUUGUAAAAUUACAAAAUGGCCUUUUUUGGCAUAUGUGACAUCAUUUGGGAUGGCAUCACACAUGCCUUAUGAGAGGUUUUAUGAAAUUAUUUUUUUCCUGGAAUGAGUUUGUAUUAGGAUAUUUUUUGAAUUUGUUGCCCACUGGUAAUCUAAUCCUAACCCCACGAUUACAAGGGCCAAUACCCAGAUAGACAAUGUCCUUGUGGUGUUCAAAUAACACUAACAUAAUUCAAGUGCCCUAUAAGCACUAACAUUAGUGGCCGGCUAUGCAGAUAAAAAAACCCUUAAACUCUAAUUUUUUGUUACAAGAAUAAAAUAUUGAAUUGCUUUGAGCUACGCUAACUCAAUUAGGGUCAGCGCUUUGGCAGACAACUUCCUGCAACAUCCAACUUGAAUUGCAGCCAAAGGGGAUUCGAACCCCAGUCUCCCGCACAAAGUACGAGAGUUAUAACCACUAAACUACGGCGCCACAUAACCACUAAAUUAAGGCAGUAGUGUUAGGAUGGUCAGUAACGUCUAAGUUCUUCUUGUUUUCAAUUUUCUUCCACUGUGACUCGAAUUCUUUAAAAAUCUGAUCCCAACCAACACUAUUAUAGUUCCUAAAAUGCUUAAAAUCAUGCAACUGUUUUUUCCUAGAUCAUAUGCUACACAGGGAAAUUACAAUUUUAUUUGUAUUUUAUAAUAUGUACCCAUUGUAGAAGUAACAUUCAGAAGAUCAUAUAAUGCUUUAAUUAAAUACAUUUUAAAAUCAGUCAUAAUGUCACGGCUUGUUGAGUAUGUGAUAGCAGUUGGCAUUAAAAGACCAAAUGUAGAUGCGACACAAUCACCAGAAUUGAUGCGAAAAUUUCCGCCUACUGAUCACAAGGAUUUUCCACUACCACCUGAUGUUGUAUUCUUUUGCCAACCAGAAGGCUGCACAACAGCAGCAAAGAGAAUAAGUUUACGACAAACAAACUCCUUUGUCUUUACUCUUACUGAUAAAGAGACUGGUAUUACACGCUAUGGCAUUUGUUGUAAUUUUUUUCGGCCUUGCCUUGGGAUACCGCAGAAAAGACAUAACAAGGUUGGACUUUCUAUAUCUUCAGAUCCUGAAGAAAACCCACCUCUUGAGGUCAUGGAAAGAAAAUUAGUAAUGAAGCCCAGACUUUGUAGGACAAAAAGCAUGCCAGCAAACAGAGACGAGACUCCAAGGAGACAUAGCCAUCAUAACGCUCUGAAUUCUAUGUUGUGUUAUUCUCUAACUAGUAUUUGUAUAAUUUCCAGCUAUCCAUUUUUUUCCACAUUCAGAGAGUGUUUAUAUGUUUUACGAAAACUUAUUGAAUCCCAGUGUUGGAGUAAAGAAAGAGAGUCUGAUUCUAGAAAAGAUAACAAUUCUGUAUUUUUUGAUGAUAACAAAAACAUUGGUCACAUGCACAAUAUACUAGAAUGUAGAAAUUGGUCGACAUUUUUCAACAACCAUGAUUUAAAUUCUCAACAUAUUAAGUCAAAUUUAUUAGAAAUAGACGAUUGGAUUCGAAAUUUAUUGAAAAUACCUCUGCCUGUUGCAGCUUUAAAUCGAGUGGAAGUAGAGCUUUUACCACGACAUAUACAGCCUCCAUUGACUUUUGCGUUACCUGAAAAAAGUCGUUUUUCUUUCCUGGAUUUUCCAGCUCACUUGCCUCUGGAAUUAUUGGGUGUUGAAACAUGUUUAAAGGUUUUAACUUGCAUUAUGUUGGAACAAAAGGUUGUUCUUCAAUCAUGUGACUACAAUGCAUUGUCAAUAAGUGUCAUGGCAUUGACAUCCAUGUUAUAUCCAUUAGAGUACAUGUUUCCUGUCAUUCCUUUGCUACCAACAUGCAUGAAAAAUGCAGAGCAGCUUCUGUUGGCGCCAACACCUUAUGUUAUCGGUAUUCCAUCAAGUUUCUUUCGUAUAAAAGGCAUGAACUUUCAAGUACCACAUGAUGUACUCAUAGUUGAUUUGGAUACUAAUAAGAUGAAUGUUCCCUUAUCGAUGGAUGAGAUUCCUCCACUGCCAGAGCCAGAAGGUUCAGCUUUGAAAGAACAACUAAAACAGUGCCUGUCUUGUUUAUCUUUUUCACCUCAGCCUGUUUGUGAUCUUGACAAAGCUUCUGAAUUACCACGACCUCGCCUUUCUUCAUUUGAUGGAGCUAACAGAAGCCAUAUGAUAUACGGGAAUGAUAUUGAUUCAGUAGACAUUGCAGUGCGAUCUGCUUUAGUCAAGUUUUUCUGUUCUCCAAACAUACUUGAAGGGUUUGUUCAACAUACCAGAAUACUUCGUUUAUAUCCUCGACCAGUGGUGGCUUUUGUGAAAGAUUCCUUUUUAGAAUCUCGUCCUGAAAAAUCAAAGUUUAUUCAAGCAUUAGUAGAUACACAGGCCGUAGAAUAUUUUGCAGAAUGGAUGGUUAAUCCAGAGAACACCGUAUUUAGCAAAGUUAAAAAUGGUAUACUUGAUCCAAGAAUCAUUGGUGACAAACCAAGAUGGUACAGUCAUUACGUGCAGCCAUUUUAUUUCCAAGUUCAUGACCCGCAUUCUCAACUUGGGUUUGCUUUAUAUGAAGAUUCUGAUUCUGAUUCUGAUGACAGGGAAUACCCUUCCACUAUUCAAGAGGAAAGGGAGUGCACAGGUGGCCAUUAUGAUGAUGGUGAUAUGUGCAGUUGUUGUUCAUCGGGUGAUGAUUCAGACUCUGAAAUAUUGGAAGUCCAUAGUUCUUCAAAUGAAGAUAUUAAUGAUAAGAUACACUCCAUGUAUGAUUCAUCAUACUCCACUUUACAUACAGCAGAAGAAACUUUAGGACUACAGGAAGUGGUGUUGAUGAAUAGUGUUUAUUCUAUGCCAGCAUAUAGAUCUGAAGAGGAUGUUUCUGAAGAUAAGGGCAGCCAUGCUACCUUGAACUCCAUCACAGAGGAUGAGCAAGUUUCACCACCUAUUUACGAUGACCAAACAUCAGAAAUUUCUGUCGACAGCAACCAUACUGAAGCAUCUCCAAAUGUCGAAAAACCAACAGCUGUAAGGAAGUUCAGUGCAAUGUUUGGUAAUAUCAAACCGAAGCUGACAUCAAAAUUAUCUACCGCAUCCACGACUAGUAUAGUAUCUGCAACCAGCAUCAUCAGCUCUCCCCCGGAAAGAUUAGUUGCACCUAAACCAACAGCUGUGCACACUUUGAAAAAUGGUUUGGAUCGAAGUUCUAGUGACAGCUUCCAACAAAUCCAGUCUGGUCGUAACAUUUUGCAAGAUCAAAAUAUAUAUAACAGCGAAAACCAACAGUUGAUUACAGAAGUGGUUGGAUAUGUCAAAAGUGGAGAUGGGAUAGGAUGGUUGAGUACGAAGAAGAUGAGGCGUGUCGUAGCGUACGAAGGUCUUCGUCAGUACUUAAUCAACCAAAUCGAUUUAGAACAAAAAAGUAAUAUGAACACGUUGAACGAUGUGCACGUAUCCAGAAAUAUAUACAGAGGAUACCUUGAACUGUUAAAACUUGUUGUUGAAGGCUACGAGUCCAGUAUGAAAUUUAAAGGGCUUGGUGGCCUGGGGUCAGUGUUUCCAUUCUUAGAAGUGUCACAUCGCUAUUACUGCGGAAAGAAGUAUUUGGAUGAGAGCAAUGACACCAGUAUGAGUUCGAGCAGCAGCAGAAAAUCAAGUUUAGUUGACUCUAUCAAGGAAAGCUCUUCGCAUUUAGAAUCAAGCACUGACAGAGAAAGUGAUUCGAGCUUGCAUUAUCAUAGGGAUUUACCCGGUAUCCACCAGCUGAACAUUUCUAAAGAUUCUCGCCGACGAAAAGUAUCGUCUGCCGUGUCCGAACUAAGCGACGAUUACCACUCGUCAUCAGAAACGCCAUCUUUGAACCACUCGGGACUGCAUCUGAAUAUGGGUUCGCGCACAGCUUCGCUGGAGUCGGAUAGUUCGUGUCCGUUAUUUGUAGCGAGUGAGAGUAAAGAAAAAUACCUUCAAACAAAAAGCAACUGCAGUGGCGGCUGGCGUUUUUACGAUGGCGUUUUGGUUCAAUCUCAUUUGGAGAAAGCUGGGCGUGGUGUUACAGGAACCGGGAGACGCUAUCUUUUCGAAGGUUUGCAAAGAAACAGAUCUGCUAUCUGGGAUAAUUUAGAGUUUUGGGAGUUGGCUUUCUUGGAUUCUGUAACGUCAGAACGAGACGCUGCUGGAAUGGACGUUAACCCAAUAGAACUUGUCGCAAGGUACAAAGGUUUAACGCCACAGGAGAAGAAGCUACUUGAAGAGGACGAGGAUAACUUACUUGGCAUUUUGUUGCACAAUAUGAUCUCCUUCAUGCUCUGUAUGGAUGUUCCAAAACCGAAAAUAAAAUUCAAAGUGCGCCGCUUGCUAGCAAGGGCCCAUAUUGGACUUAACCAAACACAAUGGAUUGACAAGGUGCUGGACUCCCUCGAACAUAUGAAUGGUAACGAUAUCGACCUGUUGGUACCACGCAGUCGACAGUUGAAGAUACAAAUAUUUGUUGUUCAUCUUGGUGAUACACAAUCUGGUCCUGUGUUUUUUCUUGAGGUGCGGGAGGAUUGCAUGGUACUAAAAAGUACGAGCGGAAGUAUCAUAGAAAGGUGGUGGUAUGAAAACGUUGUGAAUUUAAGUUGCUCGCCCAAAACCAGAGUGCUGUGCGUAUGGAUACGUACGGGUGAAGAAACUGACUUGCAAAAGAUCUGCACCAAAAAGUGUAAACUGCUGUAUAACUCUAUAAAAGAAAGUAUGAAGAAGGCUGCUGAAAGACUGGAUAAAGAAGGCACAGGCAUCAAUUUGGGAGGAGACUUCACUGUUGUUGAUAGUCUCAGCGGUCAGCAAGGAAUAUUGAAGGUUUCUUUAGAAGGUGUGUCCAUAGUGUUUGUGGAGAAAAAAAUCGCCAUCGAUGUCCACAACCUUAAAAACUGCUGUGCUAAGCAGAAAGUUUUAAUUGUCGAAGAAUAUAUCCCGCACAACCAGAGUGUGAUAGAGCACCAAUUUUACACUGACGAGGCAAAUGAAAUCUGUUACGCUAUCCUGUGUUUAUUUUCCUACAUUGCUGCUGCAAAAAACACACUCACCCCCAACAGUGGAAGAACAUCAAACUCCGAUCAGAACACGAUAGCGUGACUGUGAAAACACGAUAGCGUUAUCUGUAAUAGCCCGAUAGCGUUAUCGUCAAGAGCCCAAUAGCGAUGUCGGUUUUUCUUAUUUUCCUGGGCGCAUAUCUCAUGCAAUCUUACCACCCGAAGAUGACUGACCGGAUAGCAUGCACUCAUCCGACGGGAAGCUUGUGGCCCUCUUUCAGAAACUGAUGAUAUACUUUCAUGAAGUUGAUUUCAGAAAACUGUCUUAAUAAUUAUGUUCGUUCUGACGAAUAAUUCGUGUUCCGAAAACAUAAUCCUUUCUGCAAAAUUAGGCGCACAAAGUGUGCCUUAGAUAGAUUUUUAGCGUUUUUAUUAUUGUUGUUGUUGUUCUUGUCUUCGUCAUCGUUUGGGCUGCUGUUAUUGUCGCUGUUUUCGUUUUUGUCGUUGUCGUUGUCGUCGUUGCUGUUGUUGUUGUUCACUUCGUCGUUGUCGUUGCUGUUCUUGUCGCUGUUUUCGUUUUUGUCGUUGUCGUCGUUGCUGUUCUUGUUGUUCACGUCGUCCUUGUCGUUGCUGUUCUUGUCGCUGUUUUCCUAAUUGUCGUUGUCGUCGUUGUUGUUGUUGUUUUCGUUGUUGUUAUUUGCUGCAUUUGCUGUUGUUGUUUCUAAAUCUCGUUAGAACUGUUGUAAAUUUAAAUAUGCAUUCAGAAUUCGUGUUUUAGUUUUUGUAAAUUUGUACACAAAAUUUUGUGAAGCACUUGGAGGUUGUAAAAAAGGCAAAUUCGA